AAUUUAUAUCUACUACAGUUAGUACUGCAGAGUAUACUUGUACACAUUGAAGGUUUACAGCAGCAUAGUAACCAAUCAACACAGAGCAGUUACAGGAAGUGAAGUGCAGCUACUGUUCAACUGUCUCAGUCCUCUCAAGAUGUCCUCAGAUAUUUAUGCCAAACCAGAUUUCUCAAAGAAGGUGAGAUACAACAGAAAGGUGCAGGAGGACAACGUAGAGUGGGAAGAAAGAACGGUGGCUAUUUACGAGAGUACAGACGAUAUCAGAGAUGAUCACACUGAUCUUCAGUCACACGACGGAGGACCGCACACUGAGAAUCAUCCUCCAGCCGUCCAAAGCAGGCCUUUCAGAGCUGCUGCAUUUUGUCUUGGAGUGCUGUGCUUUCUGACCAUAACUGGAAUCAUCCUCCUAUACAUACGUUUCACUUUGGAAAAAGACCAGCUGCAGACCAGAUACGACAAACUGUACAACAACUAUAACGAGGUCAAGGGACAAAUUUCAGAUAUGGCAGUGAACAUCAGUCAGUUACAGAGCAGUUACGAGACACUGAGGAAAAAUCACAGCCAGUUACAGGAUGAAGUAAAGCAGCUGAAGGACAAAAUUAAAGAGAAGUGUUGUCCUGAAGGAUGGAAGAGAUUUGGAUUCAGCUGUUACUUUAAAUCCAAUGAGACGAAAACUUGGUCUGACAGCAGAAGAGACUGUCAAAGUAGAGGAGCAGAUCUGGUGAUCAUAAACAACAAAGAGGAACAGAAAUGUGUCAUUGAGUUGAACAAGGGUGGAGACUCCUGGAUUGGUCUUAGGGCCAUAGAAAGAUUUAUAAAAACAGGACGGGAAUGGAAACGGAAAUGGGAAUGGAAAUGGGUGGACAGCUCGCCGCUGACAAAAAUGUUCGGGGCAGCCGGAUUUUCACACCAGCCCUGGGACCAGUACGCUGCAGCAUGCUGCGAUCAACAAGGAAAAUGGACACAUAGCAGAUAUGAUGAUCAAAAGAACUGGAUCUGUGAGAAAGAGAUUUCCUGUAUUCCUUCAUGACAGAGGGGUGUGU